AUGGAAUCUCCUUCACCCGACUCCUCCCCCGAUGUUACCGGAAGUGAUAUCGACCCCUCCCACAUGCUAGCCAGCUCUGAGCCUCACCCAAUGGUGAUCGACAACAUAUGUACUGUCUCUCCUGACUGGCUCAUAAAAUUGAGACUAAUGAUUGUCGACAUUCGACUCAAUAUCUCCAACCAACUACAAAAUGCAAUAGAAAAUUCCAAUGACUCUGCUACAGCAGUUCCCUACUACAAGGACAUACCGGACUUAGGCCUGAGAGAAGAGGGCACUCUCUAUCGUUUAUCGCCAAAGGCAUUCCACCCAAACCAUCCGCACUACAAUGGGCACGAGGUUGUGCCAUUCUUACACGAGCGUGUAGGUUAUAAAGUGGGACAACAUAACGAUGACGAACACACUGCUCUCAUAGAUGGCUCUGGUUGGGAGUGGGUAUCACGAAAAUUGUACCUUCAUCACCGAGAGUAUCACAUAGCUGGUAUCUAUCAUCUCAAGUACCAAAAUCGUUGGGCCGAUAUGAAUUCGCAAGGACGUGCGCACUGUUUCGAACGUGCUCAAAGCAGCCGGUAUGUGGCAAUGGCUUUGGAAGCAUUCCAAAAAACACUCUUCAGAAAAGGAAGAUCGAACGUAGGAAGUGUGAAUGCCACACACCUUCAAUGGUACCACAUUGCUAAAUCGUUGGCGGUGCAACCAUCUUAUGUAGUGCAGGGAUCCGGUUGCGUCAACGAUGAAGAGCCUCGCUGGAAGAUAUGUGAGCGUGCAACCAAAGGCUUCGACCUUCACCGUUUUGUUUGGGCGGAUAAUUAUCAAAAUGAGCCGAAUCAAAAGGAAGCUUGGCCUAUGACCGACCUCAUAUUUGCCUUCAUUCAUUACACAUACGAGCUGAGCGGUGACCGCACUUUGAUAGCCAAUCUCGUUUGUGACGAGUCUGGUAAAUUAAGCAACUUGACCUGUUAUGACAGAUACAAAAUUCCGUACCAUAGCCGACACAGUCACGACAUGGAGGAUGCUGUGCACACUGCUUUCACGCGGUUCGUUAACCAACACGUAUGCAAUGAAAUAUGUGAACACCUCGGAAGUGUGUACCUCAAAUGA